AUUCAGUAUCAAACCAUGGAAUCUUCCGAAGAAGCCAAAUCCAUCCUCAAGCCGUUUUUCGAAGAGAUCUUGAAGAAUCGGGAAGAACAGAAUUUUGAAAAGGCAGCUGCACAGUUUGAUCCCGAUGCAGUCUUCAUUGAGAAAGGAAAGAAGGUAAUAUACGGAAGAGAAGACCUAAAGAAAGAGCAUGAGAGCUUCAGAGAAAAAAUUGGUAAAGGAACGGCUAAGAUAAGUGACGAUCGUUAUCUAAUGGCUGGCGAUUACAUCAUUGUCAAUGCUAACUAUGAGAUCACUCCGGAGAAAGGCCCAGUGGUAAAAGGAAAUUUUACGCAGAUCUGGCGUAAAACUGACGACAAGUAUCUAGUCCUGCACGAAGAAUUUACAGCACAAGAGGCUUGAAUGUUAAGUCACUAGAUCAAAAGUAAAGUGAUCGCAUAAACCAUGGUUUGAUGUAGAUAGAAUAUGUCCACGUACGAAGUAGAAUGAUUCUUUUUGGCUGCGAAUAAAUAUU